UCUGCCUUCCCUGCGAAGUCGUCCUCCUGCUCCUGCAGGCGGUGCCCCAUGACUCCCAGCCUGGCGGCGGCUUUCUUCUUGUACACCUGCGAGAGCCGGAGAGGGGGGCUGUCAGGGCUCGGGCACACUGCUGUUUCCUUGCUCCCCGCGCAACAUCUGGAAUGCGUCUGGGAAUCCCUGCAUGCCAGGAUUCAGGCAUGAGUAGAGCAUGAAGUAAAAAUGAGCUGUUCUCACACGGAACCUGAGGAGAAGCUAUCCAAUGAGGAACUGGAGUGCAAGAUCUGUUACCAGAGGUACAAUGCACACAACCGCAAGCCCAAGAUCUUAGACUGCCUUCACAGAGUCUGUGCCCGAUGCCUGAACAAGAUCUUGGACAUUGGAGAUGGAUCCCACUAUAUCAGCUGUCCCUUCUGCCGUCACGAGACAGAGGUCACGGAGUACGAGGUGGCUGGGCUGCCGGACGACUGCAACAUCAUGUCAAAACUGGUCACCAGGGACAAGUCCUGGAGCACAGAAUGCAAAGAGGUGGUCCUGACACCCAAGAACCUCUCCUCCACCAGCCCAUCCCAUGGCUCCUCCAAUUGCCUGGUUAUCACUAUCAUGGAGGUGCAAAGAGACUCCCCUCGGACACCCAGCAGAAAUACUAGCUCGGAUUACUAUGCAGAGCCAAGUCUGGAUUCCAUAUCAGUCACUUCUCACAGCCACACAGACCAGGACCUCUUCUCCAAGCUCUGUAACCAUGUGCCAAGGAUAUUGGUUUGGCUGCUAGGGUUCUUCUACUUUGGAUCCCUGCCACUUGGGAUUUACUUGCUGGUGAUUCAGAAAGUGACUCUUGGGAUCGUGUGUGUCAGUCUGGUGCCUUCCAGCCUGACUGUGUGCCUGGUGUAUGGGUUCUGCCAGUGUCUGUGCCAAGGGAUAUGUGACUGCUCCUCCAGGACCUGACCGGCACCAACUGAUAGAUCCUACCAGACCUAGGCUGUCCCUCACCAAGACAUGUGCAGUGAUCACUGGCAUCCUGCACUACUUAAAAACACUUCAAUCAGUGGUAUUAAAAUCAACUAAAAGGUCUUUCUAAUUGUGUGGUCCAUAAUGUUUUUGUUCACUUGCUACAAAGCGUUAAAAAAUCUUAGACAAAUGGCACUGUUAAUUUAUAUUAGACCACAACGCAGAACCUCGAUUUGAAACACUGAUAGGUCCUUAAAAUUGGGGAGUGAGGAGGUGAUUAAAUGCACUUUAUUUGAAUUCAAUAAUAUUACUUGUGAGAAGAUGGGUACUGCAUUGCAUAUACCAUGUUUUUGUCACUUAUCACAAGACAAUGUGACUAGAUAUGAUUUCCAACACCAGGAUGCAGCUCUUGGUUUCUUUUAAGUGACUAUAUUUACAGUUUCUGAGCAAGAUCUAAGCCUAGUAAAUCCUCGAACCUAGCUUACUUUCUGUAACAUGGAUCAAAACUACACACUUGAAAUAAACUGGGAAGUUAUUUUUUUUA